CAUGUUAAAAAGGAAAACAGUUUUGGUAGUGUGAGAGUUUUCUGUUUAUUUGUUACAUUUAGACGAUACUUAUAGCAAAGUAGGACAGCAGUAAAAUAAGCUUCAGUUCUGUCCUCUUAGUAAGUGGAGAUCAAGUAACAUAGGGGCUGUAUUCAUGUAAAAAAGGAUCACAAAAGAGAGCUCGGUAGGAGAAGGUAAAACUAAAGCUUUUCCAAAAUGAGCAAAUGGUGAUGAGCCUGCGGGUGUCGGAGCUGCAGGUGCUGCUGGGCUACGCUGGGCGCAAUAAGCACGGACGCAAGCACGAGCUGCUGACCAAGGCUCUGCACCUGCUGAAGGCUGGCUGCAGCCCCGCUGUGCACAUGAAGAUCAAAGAGCUCUACCGACGACGCUUCCCUGCCAAAAUGGUAUCCCACUCAGAGCUGGCCAUGCCCGGGCCGCACCACCCAGCUACAGCUGGAAUGGUUGGAGGUGGGGGCGCCGCACUGCCCGCUGGCCUGACACAGCUGGCAUAUGAGGGUCACGCCGGUCACGGUGGAGCCCCGUCGCCCGCUGCCUUAUUGCCCCUCUCACUGCUCGGCCCUGGGAAACACGAGUUGACCGGGCUGACGCACCACCUGUCCGCCUCGGCCACGCUGCACCCGGUCCACCCAGAUGUCAAGCUCCAGAGGCUGCCCUUCUACGACAUGCUGGAUGAGCUCAUCAAGCCAACCAGUCUAGGUGAAGGCAUGUCAUCAGACAACAGCCAGCGAUUUCAGGAGACGUGUUUCGCCUUUGCAUUAACGCCACAGCAAGUCCAGCAGAUCAGCAGCUCUAUGGACAUCUCGGGGACCAAAUGUGACUUCUCAGUUCAAGUUCAGUUGCGGUUUUGCCUGUCGGAGACGAGCUGUCCUCAGGAAGACCAUUUUCCACCCAAUCUGUGUGUGAAAGUCAACGGGAAGCCAUGUAACCUUCCGGGUUAUCUUCCUCCAACCAAAAACGGCGUAGAGCCCAAGAGGCCCAGCCGGCCCAUCAACAUUACCUCACUGGUCAGAUUGUCCACCACAGUCCCCAAUACCAUUGUGGUGUCGUGGACCGCUGAGAUCGGACGGAGUUACUCCAUGGCAGUGUACUUGGUGAAGCAGCAGUCAUCCACAGUGCUGUUACAGAGACUACGGGCAAAAGGCAUCAGAAACCCAGACCACUCCAGAGCACUCAUCAAAGAGAAGCUAACAGCGGACCCAGACAGUGAAAUCGCCACGACCAGCCUUCGAGUGUCACUGCUCUGUCCGCUGGGGAAGAUGCGGCUGGUGAUCCCAUGCCGGGCGCUGACAUGCUCCCACCUGCAGUGCUUUGACGCCACGCUCUAUAUCCAGAUGAAUGAGAAGAAGCCCACCUGGGUGUGUCCUGUCUGUGACAAGAAGGCUCCCUAUGAACACCUCAUCAUCGACGGGCUUUUCGUGGAGAUCCUCAACAGCUGCAUGGACUGUGACGAGAUCCAGUUCAAGGAGGAUGGCAGCUGGGCGCCGAUGAGGUCUAAGAAGGAAGUGCAGGAGGUCUCCUCUGCCUCCUAUAACAACGGGCUGGAUGGUUCAUGUCGGACGUCUGCUGGCUCAGAUCAGCGGAGCUCCUCGUCGUCCAGCCACGGCGACAGCAGCAACAGCAAGAAAGUGGAGGUGAUCGACUUGACACUGGACAGCUCCUCAGAGGACGAAGGACAGGAUUCGCCGCCUCCGCCGGCGCCACCACUGCCUCCUCCACCUAAAAGAGCGUGUCCCUCUAUGUCCCCGACCUCGCCGCCUGUCAUCAACAAAGGAGUGUUGAACCUACACCACCAGGCCUCUCCUGUGAGCCGUACUCCCAGCAUGCCAGCCGUGGACACCAGCUACAUCCCUCCUGUCCCCCCACUUAUCCAGGACUAUAGACCCUACUACCACACCCCCAACGAUCUGUCAGAGUUGAACUUCUUCUCUUUCCUUCAAGGUGACAAUCAUCAGCAUUACAACAUGGUGAUGGCAGCAGCGGCCGCCGCUUCAGCCUCAGACGACCACGAGCUGCUUCUCAACCGCUUCCUGCCCUACAGCACCUCCUCCUCCUCUUCCUCCCAGCUGUUCCUCGACCAAUCGGGAGCCUCUUCGGCCACUUCGCUGACCGCGCCGACCAACGGGGCGAGCAACUCGGGCAGCACCAGCAGCCUGGUCUCGUCCAGCAGCCUCCGUGACACUCACUCCACGCACUCGUCCUCACACUCAGGCUCACACUCCUCACACACACACCCCGGGGUGGUGGCCAGCCGGAGCAGCGCCGAAGCAGCAGUGGCAGCUAUUUACGGCGGGAUACCUGACAUUAUAUCGUUGGACUGACUCAAGAAGAGCCAAGACUAUACUUUGGGUCCAGCUACAAUCCAGUAACAAACUGUUUGGCUGCAGGGUAAAGUUUUGAUCCAGAAACUAGACUGGGCCCAAGUCAUCAAACUCAGAACGUUGGUGGAGUCGUAAUGACAAGACUGCCUCAAGAAGAGCACUAAUAUUAUGAUGGUUCCCUUCACUAGACUGACCUGAGAACAGUACUGAGUCCCUAAAGGGGUCAGCUGUGGGCAUUGUGUUGGUAUACUGACUUCAGAUCAGAAACCUGUCCAGCAUGUGAACCCACGUUACUGUUAGACUGGUACCAACCCGGCACAAACAGCAAAGACGCUACCUGAGCAAAAACACAAAGGAGGAAGGCUCUUUUUUUUACAAAAAUAAGGAGUGGCACCGUGUACAGAGAACAAAAUAUAUUUUCCUCUUUUACUUUUGUAUGUUAAAUCGGGACAUUUUCAGUCUAGUGAGCUGCUUCAAUCGCUGUUUUUAAGUGGAGGACUGGAGAUUGUUUCGGGGGUUUUUUUCUCACAAAAGCUUAUACAUAUGCCUGUUGCCAUGUGAUUAUCCUUUUCUUCUUCUCUUUUAGCUCUAUCCUGCUUAAAAUUUCCAUUUUCAUUUCAAUAUAGACUUUCUUAUAGACAUUCUAUCGCUCUCUCUUUUUAUCUUUAUCUCUUGCUCAAGCUCAUUUUUUAAUUCAUGGUGUAUUAUUUCUCUAUCCAAUGACAAGAACUUUUCAGACACUGAAUUUACAGUUUAUUCAUGUACUAAUAAUUUUAUAAUGCUUUUAAGUUAUGUAUGAUAUUUAAACUGUUAUGAAUAUAUAUAUAUAUAUAUAUAUAUAUGUGUAUAUAUAUAUAUAUGCAUUCCCUUUGACCUUCAGGUUAAUGCUGUGGGGAGUGUGUAGAUGGAAAGUAGCCAUUUCUGGUUUUUCAUUUUCACUCCUUAAUUUCCAACUCCUUACAAAGACUCUGCCGGUAUACAGCAUUUAGAAAUGGAGAUUUUUAGACUAUUUAUAUUUGCCAAUUAAGAGUUUUGAGCUGGAAGAGUUCCUUUUGUUUUUUCUUUUUUGCGCAAUGCCAAAAAAAACACGGUACCUAUGAAAAUUAUCACAAUAAUCAGAGUGCAGUUGAAUCUGUGUGCCACAGCGUUUUCAGUCACAUGUCCACUUCUCUGGUUUCAGCUGGGGGUUAUUCAGACACUCAAACUGUGCCCUUUUGUCUCUUGUCUUCUCACUUUCAUCCUUUUGUGACUGUUAAAAAGGAAUCUAGCUGUUGUAGCAGCGUUGGGGAUUUUAAAGACACACGCCUCUGAGUUUAAACUAGUGCCUGUUUAUGUGCGUGCUUCAUGGCGUGUUUUUCUAAACUCAAAAGAAUGUCUGAAAUGGUCACACAUAAACCGUCUGUCCCAUCCCUUUCAAAGACUUGACUUGCGUUAUCUUGGGAGUUAUCUUUGGGAAACUGCAUAGAAGAGUGUGAGCAGACAGUUUAGUGCCACAGUGAAACAGGGAGAUGUCAACCAGCCAACUUAGACUGGGCACAAAGCCAGCUGGUUUAAAAAUACAUGACGUGUCUGUAACCUAAAAGCCCUACGAGCUAGUCCGCGUACAAUGUGGAUGUGUCGGAGGUCUCGGAAUACCUCGACAUCGUCGCCAUUCAGCUGAAAAGGCAGCGUUUGCUAAUGAAUGUAUUGUGCAAUUUUUAGAGUGGACACACUUCUGGGUCUUUGCUUCCAUUUCACUUAUUACCAGAUGUUGUUUGCAGUCUGGUCACAUACGUACAAUAGUACCCCUCCUGCCCCGUCAGCCCACCCCCUCCUACAAGCCCGUGUGUCCUUGAAACUUUCCCAGAAUCCCCUCUUAUCCGUCUCUCCCCCGAUGUUCCACUUCCAGACGUCCGAGACAGGCAGCUCACUUCAAAGCCUCAUUAUCCCCACCACGAUGAGAUAAUCACUUCCGACAGCAAACCCCAUCGUCUGACAUCCCCUGUCCUGUCCUUGAGCAUCUAACUGGGAGACUAAAAUGACCCCAACCCUUCUUCCCAGCCUUGCUCUCUCUUGGCAUCUUUAACUUUAUUCCCUGCUCUUCUCAUGGGAACCAACCCUCCGGCUCUCAAACCGACUGCCGGAAACAAGUCUUGUGUAUUUCCUGUGUUGUGCAGUAUUUUAUUUAUUUUGUAUUCUUAUUUCUAUAUAUUAUAUUUUUACAAAUUGUUUGAUUUCCAUGGGUGAGUGUGUGAGAGUCACUGUCACUCGGGAGCCGUUGUGAUAUGAUUUUAUUUAAUAUGCAUUUUAUUAUUCUUUCUAUUAUUUCUCAAAAAGGUACCGUGUAGUUAUUCAUCUUGGAAAUGCCUGUGUGUAUUUUCUUGGGAGCUGACAUGGGUAACACUUAAUAAGGGUACAAAGCACAUGCUUGCUUAAUACAUGCAUGACUCGUGAUUAUUUAAUGUGUGAAUUUAUUCAGGAUGUAUUAUGAAUUCCUGUUGCUCACUAUUAAGAAAUGAUGAAUAAUGGGUCAUCAAUUACUGAUUAACUCACAGCUACUUCAUACAUUAUACAUUUACAUGCCACCAAAUUAGCUGGAAUCCAGUUAUAUAGAAAAAGGGCAGUGCUAAGUAUAAGGCUAAAACCUUAUAAAACAACUAAAAUAUUAACUAUUAGAUGGAUUAUCAUUACAUUUUGUGCUGACAUUCACGUCCCUAGAGUAUAAAUCCUACUGCACUGAUUUGUGCGUUAUUUGUGAAAUGUGGCCGAUAUCAGGUCAAAGUCCUGAAGUGACCUGCAUGACGAAUGUAGAUCUAGACGUCACAUGAAUUCUGAUAUGACUGAUCAGAUUCCAUGUUAUUUGUGCUGUUCACACUAUCCCUGUCCAAAGGGGACCAAAGAAACCAUCUAAAAUUGGUGGUUUUGAAUUUUCUUGAGAAGUCUCGUACUUCUUAAGCUAAAUAAAACCUCUUAAAAACCCAUCGAGUUAGCUAAAGAAACAUGGUUUACACAGAGGAAAACAAGGUUAUUUUCUGUCUGCUGGUUAAAAAGUAGACGUCUUGGAGAUGCUUGAGUUUCACAGCGAUAAUACUGUAUGCAACCGGAUUCCAGCUAAUUUGUUUCCAUAGUAAUUAAUGUAUAAAGUAACUGAUGAGCCAUGAAGUAUGAAGUAAUCAUAUAAACCCACAGUGACUUGAUCAUUUAUUAAUAGUGAGCAACAGAAACUCGUGACACAUCACGGCUCAUGUAUUCGUUAUACAUUACAUGUGUGUUUGAACCUUUAUUAAGACGUGUUGCUGUACUGAUGAAGAUGUUGAUCCUUUAGUUUCCAUCAUGUUAUGUUGAAUAUUAAUCACCAGUGUUUGGAUACUUGAUACGGUGGUCACAGUUAAUGAAAGCAUUUGAUCACUUUUUAAUUUAUUUAAACGACUUCUUCUUUCCCCACGCCUGUCAUGAGACGGUGCAGCAGAUUACGCACAUGAAGUGAGAGAGCAGACCGUGUUGAAUGUGUUUCUGUUCAAGUGCUCUACAUACCGAUGGGAGGAAGGGGGUCUAUAUGGGAUUACUGAACAGUCAGAUCCCCCUCCCCUCCGACUUGUUUCAUAUAAAUGUCCACAGCUCUAGUUCACAGUUGUUAGUUUUCUAAGGGGAAGUUAUUAUUAUUAUUAUUAUUAUUAUUAUUAUUAUUGAGCUGUGUUUUCUUUCUUUCACUCUACCAUAUUUGCUUUUUUGAUAGAAAAAGUGAGAUUGCAUGCAGUGGUGAGGAAGCACAGGACUGUUUCCAUCUCAAACCGCCUCCAAUUUCAGUCACAAAUAGGUGCGAACCAGUGCGUAGUGCAGGUACAGCAUUUUCACAGCAGCUUAUGCGUUUGCUGGUUUGAACUCUGUGCAGAAACUGGGCCAAAAACCAGUGUCUGCACAGAAUAAAGUGAAUGGAAUAAGGCCACUAUUAUCAGUAGUUCAGCAGUUACUCUCCACAGGCAACCUUUUUUUAUUUUCGCGUUUCGCUUUUAUUGACAGGACAGUAGAGAAAGACAGGAAAAAGAAGGGGUGAGAAAGGGGAUGACAUGCAGCAAAUGGCCUCGAGACUCGAACCCGGGCCGCUGUGGUAGGGACUCAGCCUUGACACGUGGCAUGUGCUGCACCCGGUGAGCUACCGGGGUGCCCCCUCCACAGGCAACCUCAACAAAGCAGCUCAAGUCUUUGGUUGUCAUGAUGUCUCAACCUUAGAUAAAAGGGAAGAGUCAACAAUGUGUAUUAUAUGUCUGUAUGGAAACCUGAACAUUCAGAUCCAAACGUGGGUGUUUGAUGUCCGUUUGUAUGCUUUUUGUGUGUCAAUUCAGAGCAAGAGAAUAAAUUAAUUUAUAUAUUUUUUAGAAAAUGAAAGCUGUACUAUUAUUAAAAAAAAAAAAAAAAAAGGACUGUGGCCAAUAAAGAGUCUUACACACCUGAAAUAAUCUCAAAGUCAGUCGACAUCUGCACUCACUGCCUUAAAACAUUCACAGGUUCUGUUUCAUGGCUCCAAUCCGAGAAAAAUCAUAAAAAGGCUUUUCAAGGAGGGCGAGGAGAAGACGGUGUACAGUAGACCCUUGUCAGUUUGUACAAAUAUACUAAGUGAAAAAAAUAUUUAUUACCUGCAUUGGAAGAAAUUGUUUACUUAUUGAAUGUUACCUGUUUAUGUAGAAAAGUUUAGAUGUAAUAAAAUGCAUUCUGUUA